AUGUCAGCCAAAGGAGGAGGAAUGGUUUUCAGCUGGUUCCUAUACUUCCUUUUCUUCGCUACAAUGCAUGACAGCUCCUGUUUGAGUAUGGAGCGGCUUGAAGUACCAGCAUUGGCUAAAUUGUUCCACCCAGUGAAAAUUGCUUGCAGAUAUCGCCUGGGCAGCCUACGCUUAGAGUCUGUCAAGUGGUAUAAAGAUGAAGACGAAUUCUUUAGAUUUACUCCGUCCGAACGACCUAAAACUAGGAUGUUUAAUAUUUCCGGAAUUGAAGUAGACAUGGAGAAAUCGGACAUGCAUGUGGUGAGCUUAGUUAACGUAUCUAUUUCAUCAGCUGGAGUGUACAGGUGCGAGGUUUCUUCUGAUAGUCCAGCUUUCGAAACUGUCCAGGAAUCAAAAAUAAUGGACGUUUUCUACCAACCCGACAAAAAACCACAAGUAUUCAUUGAGAAGACCGAAAUUCAACCAAAUGAAGAUAUUGUUGCUCAGUGCGUCACAGGCAAAUCGUUUCCAGUUCAAAAUAUUUUCUGGUUCUUAAAUGGGAUUCAAAUUAACAAGAAGUGCAUAAAGAAGGAUUAUGUUAUCACUGAUGACAACGGACUUCUCACUAAAUACUCGUGUCUUCGGGUACGAGCUAGAGGAGGUCCGGGCCCGAUCUUGGUGAGCUGUGUGGGGUCUCAAGGGAAGACCUUUUUUCCCGAGAGGUCCCACGUCGAACUUACCCUCAGCAAAUAUAGUGAAGAUGAUCCAAUAGCACAGAGGGGAUCGGCUGACUGUAUCACUCAGGACUUCAAAAGAUGCAUUAGAUUAGCCUUUUUAUAUGUUGUUAUACCCUUCAUUCAAUAA